AUGGCGACUGAGCAACGGCGAGCCGAUUGUCCUGGCAACGAGUCCGUUAGUGGUCUCCAGCUUGUAGACCUUCCUCUGGCCACUGGUACUGGCGUCUCGACUUCCUCUUAUCGUCCCUCCGUGCCUGACUCCACGCAUCGAGUUGUGCUUCAACCUCUUCAUAGACUCUUCCACCCUGGGAUCCGAGCCCCACAAAAACUCCUCGCGGAAAGGCUGGUUCAGUCUGGCAUGAACAAGAAGGUCGUGCUGGAGUUUCCACCGGAACAAGGUACGGUGCCACAACAAGCCUCCGCAGGCGCUUUCACCAGCCACUUUCAUCUGGAUAUGGUAGGCUUCUUGCCCCAUUCAAUGGCUAAAAUCAUCACCUCAGUCGCGCUGAUCGGUACACCCGUUGAGCUGAAGCUCCCUUUGUGCCGAAUUUGGAGUCGGACACCGACGAGGCUUUUUUCAGUCGCUGGAUCGUUAUUUUCGGUGGCUGACCAACGAUUACGAUCACUCGAGGUGUCCAGCUCGAGUCCUUUUUCUUCUCAGCCCUCCUAG